AAAGACGGCAAGGGUGGGGAGAGAUGGAACAGAACAGAGGAGACCAGCGAUGAACGCGAGAGCUGACACAAGGAAUGCAAUACCAUGCCCUUCUCGUGUAAUCUCUCUUUUCCAUCUAAUCGUUCUGUUCCCACUUGAUUUCUCUCUAUUCUGAAUUCUCAAUCCCCUCCUGGGUCAAAGGUCAAUUCAUCUUCUCCCAAAUUUCAAAAAUUUCUGCUACCCACUCCUCCCAGAGGAAAAAUGGCUAGCGAAAGUGGAAAAGUGAUGAGCAAUAGGAACCAAGGAGAAGGUGUGGUGGUGUAUCCACCCAAACGCAUGUCAGCGGCGAGGACGCCAUGGCCACCGGAGGUCAAAUUAGCGGCAACAGCGGUGGAACUGAACGUGCGUCCGAGAUCAGCUGAUAUGCCGGGGGAUAUGCAAGAGAAGGCUUUCCGUUAUUCCAGAGCUCUCGUUGAUGCUGCUCCUGAUAAACGGCCUAACCUCACCCACCUCGCUCACUCCCUAAAGAAGGAGUUUGAUGCGUCUUAUGGACCAGCUUGGCACUGUGUGGUGGGGAAGAGCUUUGGGUCGUUUGUGACACAUUCGCUGGGUGGAUUCCUUUAUUUCUCUGUUGAUGAUUUCUCUUUUCUUCUCUUCAAGACAGAGGUUCGACCUGUUAAGACCAAAUCUCUCCACGAUACCAGCGAUGGUAAGUAGGAACUUUAUACGAUCCUCCUCUGUUCCUAAUCCUCUGUAACUCAAAAAACUAUCAAAAUCAUCUCCCAAUUCCCAAGUUUUCAGCUUUUUUACUUUAUACAAGUAACCCAUUUUGAUUUUGAUUUUCUAAUUCCCUCCUCUGUUCUGAUUAAGAGUUUUUACUACUACACUAGAAAUGUGUCUUCUUUCUUGACUUUGA